AUGCACGUCAAUGCUAACCGUACAGAUGCUACCAACCGAGACUGGAGUCUUACACAUGUUUCGCAUGUUACCGCUUGGGAUAAUAGACUCAAUUAUAUUAUUGAUUAUCCAUAUGCCAGUGACAGUCAGACUACAGAAGAUGGUUAUUUUGAGUGGUAUGAACUGCACACACGUCGUUUCAUAUCACCGAUUACCCCAUCUGAUCGUACAGGAUUUCAGGUUGGAGGUCAGAUUUCAAUGGAUACAGUGAUUCAGCAUCUUCGAUCGUUGAUUGUUUCUGUUGAUGGCGGAGACAUGCCCCGGGAUGGCUAUCGUUCGUAUUUACCGACUCUCAGAACAUGUCUUAAUGUCUUAGAGUCUCGACACGGACCUUCAGAUAGGCCUCAAUCUGAGAUGCCUUAUACUCAGACUCACACUCAGACUCAGACUCAUAUACCACUUUCUCAAAUGCCUCAGUCACAGACUCAGAUGUACGCUGGCGAGGCAUGA